UCUCUCCCUCAUCCUUCAAUAUUUUUGGCAAUUGAUUUAGGCUUUCCUUAUGAUACAUCUGAUGUUGUGAAACUUGGAUGGAAGCUGAAGGUGUUUAGAGAAAUAUUUGAUUGACAUUACAAAUUUUGUUGUAUUCAUCUUUUUAGAGAAAAUAAUUGAAGCAAGUGUUUUAAGAUUAGUGAAUCAUUCGGACAUGAGUGGGAGACGCGAUCCCCCUUAAGCGCAGGCGGGACUGGAUUGCCCUAACUCAGGGUCUUUAGGAAAUUUGGGGACGGUUCAUGCCUAGACUGGUAAAUACCAGUUAGAUUGAGCAGGUCCUGGCAGUUUGCAUUCCUUCCUGUGAAAAUAGCAUCUUUGUUGCAUCUUUUCAUGUGCAUUUCUAUAUUUUAUGCUAGUUUAUUGUAUCCUUAUUUUUGUUAUCGUCAUUGACUCCCUGGUUUUUUUUUCCUUGUGUGCUUCCGGCUGACAAUGUAUAUGGGCAUGGUGAGAUGCCAUUGGUUGCUCAGCUCUGUGUGGCUAUCAAUAUUUGUUCAAUAUCUAUGCAACAGAUCUGGGCAGCAUGAAACAAAGGUUGUUUGUUCUUUUUAUCUGGGCAGCCAUAGACACUUGCCAGGUCUAGUCCCUUUGGAGGAGACUGCUGUUUGAUGCUGUUAUUUUGCGUUCAUCAUUUUAACUAACAAGGGACACCUCAUGCAUUUAUGACUUGUUGCUGGUUGAGGUUACAUCUCAGUGAUUAGUUGCUUUUUUGAGGCUUGAAAUUCUUAUAUAGAAGAGUCAAUCCUCAGUAGCCUGGAAGAGAUACCUUGGGUUGGAUUGUUUGUCUUGUGGCAUUGAUAGAUAUUCUUCAUCAAUGUCAUAUUUGAUAGUUUGCCCCUUUUAUGAAACCUUUUAUAAGAGAAAUUGCUUUGACUGCUCUUAGUGAUCAUGUAGGCUUCUCGUUUAAUGAGGUGCUUCCUUGUUGGCCAGAAUACUGAAUGAAGAGGAGUAUAUGUAAUAAACUGUUUGCUGGAUUGUCAUUCGCUGGAUUGUUUGGGUCUCAGCUAUAUUUGUGUUUGAGUAUAACAUUGUGCAGCAUGUUAGGAAAAUGCCGAGAAUAGGCAUGUAAUUUAGUGUUCAUUGCACCGUGUAACAGAUUACCAAAAGAAGCUUCUAGUUCUAGUGCCAGACCUGUUUAGUUCAGUAAGUUGCUUAAUUGAUAACUUUGAAUUAAAAGUGUAGAGUGGAUGAAUUUGACUAGUUUUCUUGGAUUACUUAUUGGCAACCAGUGUUAUACAUCAGGAGGGAGAAAAGAAUGCAUUCUGCCAAGAUUCAGGUUCAUGCUCGAUUCUUUCUUGAUAUGACUGGCCUCAGUACCUUGUCAGAAAUCUGUUGGUCUCUGAUAUUUCUUCUGAGCAAUUCAGUGCAAGUAUUUUCUAGACGAAAUUUCAUGAUGCCUGUUAAUUGCUUAAUUUGAGAGUGAGAUAUUGGCAGGAUUGGAUGAUGGCUUUAAAAUUUCUCAUACGUCCAUCUGUGCAAUGUGCACCAGGGUUUCUGAGCUUUAUUAUUUAGAGAGGGAUGCAGACUUGGCAUGUAGACAAGCACAGAGAUUGCAUCUGUAUUUGCACCAUUUGCUGAUGUUUUUUCUUUUUAAUGAUCUUGUUGUUCAAUACUUUCCUCAUGAAUAUCAGCAGCACAACUUAAAACUAAGAAGCCUCUCCAAAAGGUUUGCCACCAAAUAUGACCUAAUAUUGACCUUCUAAAGCUGUUUUGCAUUCUAAGCUGAAAAAAAAACUGCCAGGGGGGAGAUUGACCUACUUGCCUCAGAUGCUUCAGACACAAGUUGGCAAAUAGAGAACUCUACCUUCUUGGUGACCAUUUUAGAUCAUGAAACUAAUAGGUCCAUGUGAAAUUUCACUAGUUUUGGAAAUUGAAUGGUUAUCUUCUUUUGCUGUAUUUUUUAUGUGAUUUUUGGUCUAUGGUGAAAUGGGGCAUUGUUAUAAGAGAAAAAGAAGCAAAUGGAACAGAUGUUGAGUUGUACAAUUUGUCAGAUGGAUUCUGUUAUUGGCAUCUGGAUUUGUGCCCUAACCAUUUCAAGCUCUAGACUUAUAGGAUACUUCUCAAGCAGAAAAAACUGCUGCUUGUCUGAGUCAUGCUUAAGCUUCUUUUCUCAUUGUCUUGUGCAUCUUACGUUGGAUUCUUUUUAUCUCUUGGAUCCUUUGUUCCUUGCAUAAUUGGCUUAUAGCUGGUUAUGUGGUGUCUUAUAAUACACAGAUGCCAUUAAUUUGUUUCAGCUUUCUUCCUUUUCCAUACACCUUCUGUCAGAAUAUAUGUAUUAGAUGAGUGAAUGGUUUAAUCAGCAGUUUAUCUAUUCUUGUGGGCCAAUAGUGACUGGUGGAGGAAACCAAAAGCUUAAUUCAUGGAUGUGAUAUCAGCAUUAUUUUUUACAUUGUACAUCACUAGUUCAGAGUUCGGACAAGUUCUGGUGCCCUCUGAUUGUAAAAGUUUCUCUGAAGCUGGUCCUUCGUAAUGCCAAAGUUUCCUUUUCGCUGGCUUCUUCUUUGAUCAAUUGAGAGAUCUGAAUGUAUCUUCAGAGCUGUUUAACUCUUAAUGCAUUUGAUUGAUUCUUUACAAAGUGCUUUGUGGGUUGCUGCAGUUGUUUUCUGUUAGCAGCAGUGGUUUUUUUAACCACGAGAUGUCAUGCUAAUAUAGGCCAGUUGGAAGAUUUAUCAAUUGAGAUAUUUGAGCCAGUUUGUUCAGGCAGUUGUUUCUGAGUUUGUUCCUUUCACUGUUUGGGAAGAUCUCAUGUUAAGGAAUGGAAAGGUGUUUAAAGAAUUUCACUUUCUGAUUUGGUGAAGUGUUAACUUACCAUAUCGGUAGUGUGCCAUCUGAGUGAAUUGAUUGAUGUGUUGCAAGAUUGGAAAGGUGUCAAAAGAAUUUAUGAUUUGAUGAAGUGUUAACUUACCAUACAAUAGCGUGUCAUCUGAGUGAGUUGAUUGAUGUAUUUGCAACAUCAAAUUUGCCAAUGAUCACGUGAAAGAAACCGUUUUGUUUCAUCUGUUAUUCUUUGGUUGCAUUUCACUGGUAACACGGUUUUCUUUAGGAUGUAAGAUGAAGAUUUUACUAUUUGCUGAAUAUUUUGCAUGUCAGAUGUAUGAAAAUUUACCAGUAUGGAUUACUUUGGUCAUGGUAGAUUGUGACUCAUAAUACAAAGAUCACAGUGAGAUGUCUGGAUGAGUAACAUGGUGUUUACAUCAUCGUACAUUCUGUUGCUAUCAGAUCAUGCUGGAGAGAGAUACUGGCCGUCCUCGUGGAUUUGGAUUCGUUACAUUCUCUGAUCCACAUGCAGUGGAGGAUGCUAUCAGUGAGAUGCAUGAGCGUGAGCUGGAUGGACGUGUCAUUUCAGUGAAUAAGGCUCAGCCUAAGAUGACCACAGAUGACUCUGCCUAUGGAUAUAAUGGUGGGAGAUACACGUCGGGAGGUAGAGGUGAUUACCGUGGUGGCGAUGGGCCACCACCUGCAGGGCGGUCUGAUGAAUGCUUCAAGUGUGGUCGACUUGGACACUGGGCACGUGAUUGUCCUUUGGCUGGGGGAGGCAGUGAUGGUCGUUUCUCUUCUCGCCCCAAGUUUGGUGGUGGUCGUGGCCGUGGGGAUCGUAUUGGGGGACCAGAUCGCUUCAAUGACCGUUAUGAUGGAGGCCGUUAUGGGAACCGAGAUCGUAUUGACAGCAGGGACAGUCGUUAUAGUGGUGGUCGUGAUCGAUUUGACAAUGACUCUGAUCAUGAUCGAUAUGGGCCUCCUAGGGAUCGCUUUUCUGGUGAUAGGUAUGGAGAGCAUCCUGACCGUUACCCACAGAAUGGAUACAGCAGGGAGAGAAGCUAUGAUAGGGAUGGUCCUCGUGGUGGUGGUGGUGGUGGUGGCUAUAGUAGAGAUGGAGGGCCAAGAGGUGUCAGUGGCUAUGAGAGGGAUGGUCCACGUGGUGGUGGCGGCAGCGGAAGAUAUGGGGCUGGUGGGCCUGCACGUUAUGAUGGCAGUGGAAGUUUCAGGGACAGGCCUGGGCCUUAUGAUCGACCAACUAGGGGUGGGCGCCCAUCAUCCUAUGAUGCUGGCUAUUGAUGUUCACGGUUUAAGACUUUAUGCAUAUUUUAGGGUUGCUUGUGGAACAUAGCAGUGAUGUUAACUGUGUAAAGAUCAAGUCUGGCCAUUUGCUGUGGACCCUACAGAAUUCAUCUUGAAAAUUUUAGCUCUGUGAUCCAUUGUGCAUUAUCUGCACAACUUAA